AUGAAAUGGAACAGAAAGUGGUACUAUGGAACGGUUUUGGACAAAGAGAGAGUGCCGAGUUGUGUUGAUUCCUCAGAUGAUGACGUACCCUUAAUAAAAAUUGCCGAAAAUCUUAGAAACCAAGUUACGUCAGGCAUUGAAAAACAAGCAGAGCAUCAAAUCACGAUCUUAGAAUCUGGAACUGAGACUGAUGAUCCGGCAGACGACAUUUCAUCUCAUUACGACUCCGAUGCCGAUCCUCCUUUCGGAAUUUGUCAAAUAAAAAGAUGCUCCCUAGAGAUUUUUGCUGCAUGUUACAGGUGUGAAAUUCUAAUGUGCUUUAACCAUUUUAUGGAAGUAAUCAACAACUGUAAGUACCAUGGAAAAGGUUUUAUUUCUUUAAAAACAGACUUGCCAAAAGAAGGUGUGGACCAUUUACCCACCAAAGAGAAUAUUGACAAAGAAAACAUUAAUCCAGUCCCAGGUGACGUACAAAAUGUGACUAGUAAUAAGAUGAUUACAAAAGACGCUGGAAUAGUAACAGAAUAA